AUGGCGCCAUUCGACGCCGAUACCAGUGACGAAAAGGGGAAAAUGGACCUUCUUGAAUCCAAGCCCUCGUCGGAGGCCAGGUCUGAAGCCCAAGUCGCAGAACCGGCCCCCAAAGUCCAUUUCAGCGUCUCGUCUUGCCUAGGGGUGAAUUUUUCAAUCAGUGCAACCCCUUUGGCGAUUGGGACAUACCUUGCUCUCAGCAUUGGAACCGGUGGUCCUCCGUUCUUCUUCUAUGAGUUCAUUUUUGCCGGAAUCGGCCAGAUAAUCCUCUGCAUAGCUUUGGCGGAGCUUGCAUCUUCGUUUCCCCAUUCCUUAGGUCCCGCACACUGGGUUGCUGUACUAGGCCCCAAAAGAUACGCGAAUCAGCUUGGAUACAUCAUGGGAUGGCUCACCAACGCAUGCUGGUUUUUCAUCUGCGCCGCGAGUUACCUGUUUCUCGGCCAGUUGACGAUGGCGAUUAUUGAGGCAACAAUUCCGAGUUACGCGCCCAAAAUAUGGCAUACAUACUUGCUGUACAUCGGCUUCGCGUUGAAUGGACUUCUUGUGAAUCUUCCAGGGGCUUUCAAGAUGCUGUCAUGGUCGUUGAAGGCGGCGGUGUUUUUCAUCAAUGGGUCAGCAGUGUUUGUGUUUGUGUCCUUGCUCGCUCGGGCCAGUCCGAAACAAUCUGCGAGGACGGUUUUUGUCGAUGUGGUGAACGAAACGGGGUGGAGCUCCAACGUGGUGGUGUUCUUCCUAUGCAUCUUGCCGGGUGUUGCGGGUGUGGGCGGCCUGGAUUCCGCACCGCAUCUCACAGAUGAGGUGGACAAUCCCAAGAAGCAGAUACCCCAGGUCAUGAUCGGAUCGGCACUUCUCAGUUUUUUCACCGGGAUUCCGUCAAUCCUAAUCUAUUUAUUCUGCAACACCAAUCCAGAGGGGCUUAUUGCUCCUGUUGGUGGACAACCCCUUAUCCAACUUUUCCUGGAUGCAUACAACUCUAAAGCUCUCACUGUCCUGGCCGCCUUAUCCGUCAUUAUCACGUUCAAUGUCGCCGCCUGGUCUGCCUUGACAAGCUGGAGCAGGCUUUAUUGGGCUUUCUCAAAAGAUGGAGGACUACCAUUUUCAAAGUUCACCGCAAGACUAUCGUCCUCCCACAGCUUUCCGAUCAACGCUCUCCUGGUCAAUACCGGUUUACUCAUCGCUAUCGGUGCCAUCCAGCUCGGGUCGACGACCGCUCUUAACGCUCUACUCGGUGGCGCAAGUCUCUGUGGCAAAACUUCCUGGGCGCUGUCUAUUGGCUUGCUGUUGUGGCGUGGUAGGGAUACUCUCGAUAAGGACCGCUGGUUGAAGUUGGGACGUUUUGGCUAUGUUAUCGACGUUCUGGCUGUCCUCUGGGCAGUUUGGGUGUGCGUCUGGAUUUCCUUUCCACUGUAUGUUCCAGUGACCGCUCCAUCGAUGAACUAUGCUGCCGUCGUGUUUGCAGGUGUUUCGGCUAUUGGCGCAGUGUACUACUUUGUUGCGUAUCGAGGAAGACAGAUUUGA